UCAUUUGGUUUUCUUAUAGCUAAUUCCAUUUCCAGCUUACCACAUCUACUGCGAUAAAUUGAUCAAAACUAUCUGUGCUCAGCUAAAAGAAAUUUCGUAAUAUUUUUGUAACAUAGCAGCUAUCGUAUAUAUUCUUAAACUCUAUAAAAUAUCCCCAAAUGGGUACCUUGGGCAACUCACUAACCGUGGUGCGGGAGCGCCGCCGCUUCGGACGCCAGUGCCUUUUCACUGACCGCAACGAGAUGAUCCUCAGCAUCCAGCCAAGCGGACGCAUGCGCUUGAAGUAUAUCCUGCGGAACCCUAUCAACGAGGGGACGCAGUUAUCCGAUCAGAUGGCGCUGUCCUCGAUCAUUACCCACAAUGUGGUCUUGGACUCGCACGGCAUAAACCACUACGAGGGCGGUUGGAAUAAGGAGGUAAACGUUAUGGACGAGGAGUCCACUAUGCGCUACCGCAAGAAGGUCGAGAGAGACGACUCGUGGGGUCGAGUUAAUCAGUUAAUCCGCGACGUGAUGACGAUUAGCUGCCAGAACAACGCUAUUAACAUCUAUGAGGACUAUUUCACGGACUUGGCCGAGGAUCUUGGUCACGGGAUCAAGAUGCGCCUAGACGCCAGAGGCAUCAACGUUUUCCACGACCUGUGGGUACCACAGCGCACGCUAGCCAUGUGCGAGUGGUUGAACAAUGACCCGAGCCAGUUUGUGCUAUCGUACAUCAAUGACAAGGGCAAGGAGCUCAUCAACAUGAUGCCGGAUGGCACCGGCAACCCCAAUACCUUCUAUGUGUGGGACGUGGACGACCCCACACGCCCGGUGGCCCACUACGAAGCCAACAAGAGGGUACAGAUCGCCAGGGUCUGCAUGAAGAACGAGAGCUUCAUGGUGGGUGGCCUCAACAAUGGCCAGGUGUGCUACUGGGAGACCUCCGAAAUGGGAGCACCAAAAAAGGUUUGUCCACUGGAGGCCUCGCAUCGCGAAGAGACAACGGCCCUGUGCUGGGUGCACAACAAAUCGAAUACCGAGUUUUACACCGGCUCCUUGGACGGGUCCGUCAAGUACUGGGACACUCGCGACAUGAUGAUGCCUGUAAAUGAGGUAAUAGCCGAGCCGAAUCCUGAAUUGGUGCAGAAUCGACAGAACGCGCACGGGGUCACCGUGAUGGAGUUCGAGUAUACAAUUCCGGUGCGCUACAUUAUUUGCACGGAUAUGGGCUAUGUGUUCGUGGGCAACCGGAAGGGUCUCACACCUGCGGAAACCAUCACAGCCGCAUAUCCGAUGUUCUCCGGACCCAUCCGCAGCGUUAUGCGCAAUCCGUUCUUCGUGAAGAAUUUCCUGCUCAUCGGUGACUGGCGUGCCCGGAUCUGGUCGGAGGAGGUGAAGAAUUGCCCGAGUACCUUCUACUUCCGCAGCAAGCAUCAAUUGCUAAGCGGUGCCUGGAGCACCGGACGCUGCUCGCUCUUCGUCACCGGCGACGAACGUGGCAACUUGCAUUUCUGGGACCUUCUAAUGAGUCAUCAAAAACCAUGUCUGACCGUCAAGUUCCCGCACGCAAUUACCUAUUUGGUCUUUCGCCCAGAUGGACAUCUGCUUACUGUGUGCCUCAAGAACGGAGACUGCAUGAUUCUGCGGCUAGAAGAAGGCAUGCGAAGUGCCACAAUCAAGGAGAAGUCACUCAUUAUGGCGAUGUUCGAGCGAGAGAUUUCUAGAUGCAAGCUACUAGAGGCUCGAGAGGAGGAAAUGAAGCUUAAGAAGCGCCUUACCAUGUCUGUUCAGGAGGAAGAAAUCGUACCUGCGGAAAAAAUUGAUCCCAAGAAGAAAAAGGGACCAGUCAAAAAGGAUGCAGCGGAAAUAGAACUCCAAGAAGAUGAGGCCAGUGCUUUUGUGAAGCUUGUUGAGAACGACACCGAGUUUGGCCAGGCAAUGCUGGAGUUCAAUGAGGCUAUGGACGCCAUUGCCGUCAAGCGGUCCAAGAGGGUGUUCGUCGUGGAGCACACCGUCUUUGAGGUGGAUCAGACCGCUUAAAGUGCGACUAAAUACUUAAAUUACAUCCUUUAUAAAAUAUAUAUAUAGAUAUAUAUCUUUCGGUGAAUUUUCACAUUCUGUAUUCUGUAAACAAUGUAUGCAAUCUAAUAAACGCAGUAUAAAGCGGUUACCAAAAAGA